CCGCCAUUAUAUACAUUGUGCGUCCUUGCUUUUUGUCAGACCGGUUAAUUUGUGUUUGGCCUUGUGGUUUCCUUGUGUGAAUAAGUGAUUGUGAUGGAUCUGCCGUAUAAAGCAGAAUAUGCCAAAAGUGGCAGAGCAUCCUGUCGAGGUUGUAAAUCUACCAUUGAAAAAGACACUCUGAGGCUUGCUGUUAUGGUGCAGUCCCCCAUGUUCGAUGGAAAGACACCGCAAUGGUAUCAUAAGCCCUGCUUCUUCAGGAAACAACGUCCCAAAACUGUCGACGAUAUUGAGCAUUUUUUGAACUUACGGUGGGAGGAUCAAGAGUCGAUCAAGUCAAAAAUUACAAACGGAGCAGCGGUGAUAGUUCCAGAUAAAAAGGGUAAAAAAAGGGCGGGACAGACGGCCGUCAAGAAGGAGGCCUUGAAGGAUUUCCUUAUUGAAUAUUCAAAGUCGGGCCGUGCCGCCUGCAGGGGAUGUGAACAGAAAAUUAUGAAAGAUGAGAUAAGGGUGUCUAAAAAGGAUUUUGAGAGUGAUGUUGGGAGACGGUACGGUGGACAAGACAAGUGGCAUCACUUGACUUGCUUCGCCAAAAUAAGGUCGGAGUUGGGGUAUUACGAAUCUGCUUCUGUCCUUCCUGGAUUUAAAACUUUGAGUAAGGAGGAUCAACAGAAUGCCAUGAAGGAGUUGCCGGCGAUUAAGCAAGAAGAGAUGCCAGAAAAGAAAUUAAAAGUGGAGGACGAGGUAGACGCGUCAGAAGACAGCGGUUUGGAAAAGAAAUUAAAGGAGCAGAACAUAAUUAUGUUUAAAUAUCGCGAUAAACUGAAGGAAUUGCCUAAGAAGGACCUGAAGGAACUUUUAGAGUUUAAUGAUCAGGCGGUACCUCCCGGUGUCGACGAGCCACUGAAUAGACUUGCAGACCUGAUGACCUUCGGCACUUUAUUGCCUUGCAAGGAGUGUAAAGGGGGACAGUUCGUAUUUUGUAACAACGGAUACGAAUGUCACGGUAAUUUGUCCGAGUGGUCUAAGUGCCUCAAACUCGUCAAGGAACCUCCUAGGACUGCGUUCAAAGUGCCGGCGGAGCUUGCUGAGGAAUAUUCGUUUUUGAAGACGUACAAGUAUGUGCCAAGAACGCGAGCCGUAAAAGACUUGAAACCGACGGCAUCCGUAAAGAAGGACGAGGAAAAUGAUACUGGUCCGAAAGUACAACGAGCUCUUCCGCCGCUUUACAAUAUGGAGUUUGUGCUUUUGGGCGCCCUGCAGGGUUCGAAAGAAUUAAAAGCGCAAAUUUCGAAGUUGGGCGGAAAAGUGGUCACAAAAAUCAAGGAGACUGUGAUGGCGGUAAUAAGCACCGAGGCGGACGUGGAGAAGAUGGGCGCGCGAAUGACCGAAGCCUCUACUGUUGGCAUACAGGUGGUGCCCGAGGAGUUCCUGGACGAAGCUCCCAACUAUGUCGGUCGUAUUCCCGAGCUUGUGCUCGCCAAAAAUAUCUCUUCGUGGGGAUCCGAUCCGCAUACGCGUUUACCUCCCGAGCCAUCGUCCUCGAUGUCAUCUUUGAAGUCGAAGUCAAAGUCAAUGUUUAGCUCAGUACCUGGCAAGGUAAAGAUGAAGGUUAAAGGUGGAACAGCCGUCGACCCGGAUUCGGGAUUAGAAGACUGUACACAUGUGUACGUUUCCGGAAAGGACAAAUAUGCAGCGGUGUUGGGUUUGACCGACAUUCAAAAGCAAAAAAAUAGUUACUAUAAGCUGCAACUUCUUGAAUCGGAUACUGGGAGACAGUAUUAUUUGUUCAGAUCUUGGGGUCGUAUUGGGACCACGAUUGGCGGUAACAAGGUGGAUAAUUUUUCCAGUUUGAUGGAGGCAAAACAGCAGUUUAUCUCCUUGUAUGAGGAAAAGACCGGUAAUAGGUGGCAAGAUAGAGAUAGUUUCGUUAAGGUGGCAGGCCGUAUGUAUCCUAUUGAUGUCGAUUUUGGCGAAGAAGAAGAAACUAAAUUGAACCUCGAUUCUGACGUACCUUCUAAGUUGAAAAAGGAGGUACAGGAAUUGAUCGGGCUCAUUUUCAAUGUUAACAAUAUGAAAAAAGUUAUGUUAGAGUUUGAAUUAGACACUGAAAAGAUGCCAUUGGGAAAAUUGAGUAAGGCACAACUUCAAAGUGCCUAUGUAGUAUUAACAGAGUUGCAGCAGCUGGUAGAAACUAAUGCAUCUGAGGCGCGUUUUAUUGACGCGUCUAAUAGAUUUUAUACUUUUGUACCUCACUCAUUUGGCACUGAUAAUCCUCCACUUAUCAACGAUCUCGAGUUGAUUAAGAAAAAAAUUGAGAUGGUCGAUAAUUUAAUGGAGUUGGAAGUUGCGUACAACUUGAUGAAGGCUACCGGUGGUAACAACACGAUCGAUGGUCACUACGACCAACUAAAAACCGAGAUAGAUGUACUGGACCAAAAAAGCGAAGAAUUUAAAAUAAUUAAAAAGUAUGUUAAAAACACACACGCGGCGACGCAUUCAAACUAUAAGCUGACUGUCGAUCAAAUAUUCAUCAUUAAACGGCACGGCGAAGAGAAACGUUACAAGCCGUUCCGUAAAUUGCACAAUCGUCGAUUAUUAUGGCACGGUUCGCGUACCACAAAUUAUGCAGGAAUUUUAGCGCAGGGACUACGAAUUGCUCCUCCAGAAGCGCCAGUCACUGGUUACAUGUUUGGCAAAGGUAUUUACUUUGCCGAUAUGGUGUCGAAAUCGGCCAACUACUGUUGUACUAGUUCGGUCGAUAAUACUGGUCUGAUGUUGUUGUCAGAAGUGGCGUUGGGCGAGAUGCAUGAGCUGUACAAUGCUUCUUACAUAGAAAAACUACCUAAAGGUAAACACAGUGUUAAGGGAGUCGGACGGACCGAACCUGACCCCAAAGAGACAAUUAAACUCAAAGAUAAUACCGAAGUUCCUUUGGGUAAAGGAAUUCAAAUGGACCUGCAGAAAAAUACAUCUUUGUUGUAUAACGAGUAUAUAGUUUACGAUGUGGCACAAGUUAACAUAAAAUAUCUCUUAAAGAUGAAAUUCAAUUACCAAUAUUAAGGUUCCUCGUUAGUGUUUAGCUUUGUGUGUUAUGUUUUCGAUCUUUUUAAAUAUUAAUAUGCAUUUAAGCCGUUCCAAAUAAACUUAUAUUUUUGUAUA